ACAGCUGAUUCUACCGAGACAGAGGCACGACCACCGUGUCACUUUUCUACUGUCAACAUGUUUUCUUGAAUAAAGCGUCUCCUCUCGGGAAUAAUGACCCCGCGCACGGUUCCGGAGCUCUGGGAGGUGGUGUAGCUGCUCAAAAGUUGUGUCGCGUAGGAAACUCCGCCACCACAUCACCAGGCUGAAGAAGUUGGAUAUCUUGUCUGUCUGGAUCUAACGGCCGGAGCCCAUUUUCCCAUUGGACCUUCAGAACCUCACAGGUUAUGAGUAAUGGAAGCAGGAUCGGUGGUGCGUGCUGUGUUCGAGUUUCUCCCCAGCGUCUCUGAGGAGCUGCCACUCUUCACCGGUGAUGUCAUUGAGGUGCUCAGUGUCCUGGACGAGUUCUGGUUGCUUGGUAACAAAGAUGGCGUCACAGGUCAGUUUCCCAGCACCUUUGUGGAAGAGGUUACCAUUCCCAGCACCAAGCCUGGAGACAGACUGUAUGUGUGCAUCAACGAUUUCAGCACAGCAGAGCCGGGCAACCUGUCCCUGAAGAGAGGAGAUGUGGUUGUUGGCGAGGCAGGAGGGUCCAUGGACCUUGGAGAAACCUGGCAGCGUGGUUGUAAUGCCUGGGGAGCCCGUGGUCUCUUCCCCACAUCAUGUGUGAAGGAGCUGAACCUUUCAGGCCGUUCCAGGCAGCUGUCUGAGCGCUCAGCUCAGGCCCAGGCUUCAGAGCUCCCUCCUUACGCCCUGGGCCAAGCCCGGGCCCUCAUGAGCCUCCAUGCGCAACUCAAUGAGGAGCUGGACUUCCGUGAGGGAGACUUAAUCAUCAUCACCGGCCUGCCUGAGCCGGGCUGGUUCCAGGGGGAGCUGGAGGGCCGCAGGGGCAUCUUCCCAGAGGGGUUUGUGGAGCUCCUGGGUCCCCUCCGAUCUCCCCAGGAGCCUGUGGACUGCCAGUAUUUGAACAAUGAUUCUGGACUGCGGUACGAGGACCCUUACGAUGCAGGAGAGGGAACUGAAGAGGAAUGUGUAGAGGAAGGAGAGGUUUAUGUGAGAGAGGAAGAUGAGCAGAAGGAGACUGUAGAAGAAGAGGAGGGCGGUGUCUAUGUAGUGGCACUAUAUGAGUUUCGGGCCAUGGAACCAGGUGAGUUGGACUUUGAUAUGGGGGAUCGCAUACGUGUUAUAAACACUUUGGAAGAUGGUUGGCUGGAAGGGGAACUGCGAGGUCAGCGUGGUAUUUUUCCUCAUCGUUUUGUCAAAAUAGAGGACGAAGGACUGAAAUCUGCAGACGAAACCAAUGUUGUUGAACCGGAGGAAGACAAAGAGAAAAGCUGUACUUCUGAAUACAGCUCAGACCAUGUGUGUCCCAAUGGGUCAGAGAAUGACUCUGAGUGGACGACAUAUGAGGACCAUACAGUGUGGGACUUGGACUACUUUGAGAGGACUGAGGAGCACAGGUGGCAAAGUGAAAGCAAAAGCACUGGAGCUCAAACUAACAACACAGGACGGAGGGAUGGGGGCAGCAGGCCUGACUCUCAGCCACGUAGACCUGUCGCCCCAGCACAGAGAAGGCCUGAGAGACCCAAAUCCACUCCUCCAGCAAGACCCAGACUCCCAUCUCGGCCUAGCCUGCCUGCACGUAGUCAUAGGCACCAUGGUCCAUCCUCUGGCACAAAUCGGUCUAAGCAUACUAAUGGUAACUCUCAAUCCUUACAGUCCAAACUAACCCAUAGCCUUACCCUCCCUAGCACUCACUCUGGUUGGUCUAAAGACAGCAGAUACUACCAGAGUCCGCCAGCGGAUGGUGCCACCAUCAAUAACAGAACUGCCAGUCUUGGCAAGGCGUUAUUUAACCUUGCCCAGAGCCAUAAGCAGAGGAAGCUAACUCGCCAUGCUAGUGUCAGUGAUGCUGAUGUGAUGAUGGGCAGUCCCGAGACACGGCAUUCCCAGCAGACAAUGCGUGGCUUCAAUGGUUUAAUGCCAACAUCCAUCACCUUAGAUACCCUGGCAACCUCAGCCAGUGAUCUUGAGGCCAAACUAUCCCAGCAGCUUUUCGAAUUUGAGAAAAGCUUGACUACUUCAUAUAGUGACACUAACGUGAGUUCUGAUGCUCCCAGGGACAUGUCGUCUGUAGGUGACUUGAGCCAGCAGUCCCAUAUAUCACGCCACUUUUCCAUUCUGGACUACAGCGAUGAAAGCGACAUCAUCCGUGGCUCCUUGCAUUCGCCAGGGCCCCACCUCUUGCAGUCGAACUCUGCCUCCUCCUCACUAGAGAGGCGCAGGACCCUUCGCCCUCCUCCUCCUCGUCCUAGAGUCCUUCGCCCCCCAGCCCCAGCUGCAUACAAACCAGCCCGCCCUGCUCCGCGUCCCCCUCCUCGUUGUCCAAGACAAAAUACUGUUCCUCCAACCAGCAACUCCUUCACCAACAGCCCCAUCUUCUACACUCCUGACGAACCAGCUAUAAACGUCCUUGACCAAAUAACAGAAGGGCAGACUGAGUUUGGUGACCUUGCAGCUGCCCAGGAACAUGAAAUCCGGUGCCAGUUGGAAGCAGAGAAAGAGCUGCAGAGAGAGAUGGAGUUGGAGAGCCAGAGAGAGAGGGAAGAAGAGGAAAAGUACCAGCUGCUGCUACGACUACAAGAGGUGGAGCACGACAUGGAGGCAUAUGCACACACAGCGGAGGAGCUCCGGACCAUGUUGGAGGAGGAGGAGGAUGAGACAGCCCGCAUGCAAGCAAUGGAGAAUCUGGAGUUCUGCAACUACACAUUGGAGACACUGGCCCUGGAGCAGCAGCAGCUACAAGAGAUGACACUCCUGUCGUCGCAACCCAAACCCCUGGACUCCACCCCAAACUCAGAUUCCACCCCCACGGCCGGCACAGGCAGCGAGGAUCCCGAGCUGAGGAUGCUGGAGAAGAGGUCAAAGGUCAUUGAAGAGCUGCUGCAGACGGAGAAGGACUACAUCAAAGACCUGCAGAUGUGUGUCGAGGAGAUCAUCGAGCCACUGCAGAAGAAGCAGGUGAAGAAUGUGGACUUCGAUGGGCUCUUUGGCAACAUCAGCUCUGUAAUUGACCUGUCACAACGCCUGUUUGAUACCCUGCAGGACUCAGACUCUAUUGGAAAAGUUUUUCUGGACUUCAAAGCUGAGCUGGAGGAGGUGUACAAGAUCUACUGCCAGAACCACGACGAUGCCAUCUCUCUGCUGGAGAGCUACGAGAAAGACGACAACAUCCAACGCCACGUGCUGGAGUGUCUGGAGAGACUGAGGGCCAUAUAUCGCGAGUGGGGGAAAACAAAUUACAUCAACCUUGGCUCUUUCUUAAUCAAGCCGGUGCAGCGGGUGAUGCGUUACCCUCUGCUGCUGAUGGAGCUGCUGGGGGCCACGCCGGAGAGCCACCACGACCGGCCACAGCUGACUCAGGCACUGCUGGCCGUCAAAGAGAUCAACGUAAACAUCAACGAGUACAAGCGCAGGAAGGACCUUGUUGUGAAGUACAGGAAAGGCGACGAGGACACGUUCAUCGACAAGAUCUCCAAGCUGAGCAUGCACUCCAUUAUCAAAAAAUCCAACCGAGUCAGCAGCCACCUCAAACACCUCACAGGGAUUUCACCUCAGAUUAAAGAUGAAGCGUUUGAUGAGGCUGAGAAGAAGUUCAGGCUGCAGGAGAGACUCAUCAAGUCUUUCAUCAGGGACAUUUCCUUGUACCUGCAGCACAUAAGGGAAUCAGCAUCUGUGAAGGUCUUGGCAGCCAUCAGUUUCUGUGACAUCUACACAGAGCGCAGUGUCCUCGACCCUGAGCGCUUCCAGAGAGCUCAUCGCUGCAUCAGUGACAAACAGUUCACGCAAUUUAAGGAGCGCACAGAGGCCUUAGUCAUCAACCCGCUCACCCAGCUCCUCCUCAUGUUCGCCGGGCCGCACAAGCUCAUCCAAAAGCGCUUCGACAAGCUGCUGGACUACGACAACUGCAAGGAGCGCGCCGACCGCCUCAAGGACCGUCGUGUCCAGGAUGAGCUGCAGGCGGCGCGCAACAACUACGAGGCGCUCAACGCCCAGCUGCUGGACGAGCUCCCCAAGUUCCACGUUGCGGCGGAGGAGCUGUUUACUGGCUGCGUGAGGGCUUUCUCUCAAGCUCAGAAGGACUUCAUGAAGACAACGCUGGGAGAGCUGAAGCCGCUCCUACAGGUUUUUUCGAACAAAGUUGGCACAGAGGGCAACCUGAUUGCACAGUUCCAAGAAGAGUACGGCCGGGUUCUCCAGCUUCUGCAGGGCUUUAGCUUCUGUCCCGAGAACUUGCCUCCAGCCACCUCCGUCAAAAAGCCCUUCGAGAAGAAGACUCUGGAGAAGCAGACCUCAAAAAAGCAAAUACAGACACCUCCCAACGGCAUCGUGCAGACAGAUGAGCACCGUGCAGCACUUAUGGCACGCUACGGUCCUGAAAAGCUGUUCCAGGCAGAGAGGAACUUCAAUGCAGCCCAGGAUCUGGAUGUCUCUAUACAAGAGGGAGACCUUGUGGGUGUAAUCAAGCAGCAGGACCCCAUGGGAAGCAACAACCGCUGGCUAAUUGAUAAUGGAGUCACCAAGGGUUUCGUGUACACCUCCUUCCUCAAGCCCUACAACCCCCGCAGGAGCCAAUCAGACGUGUCCAUCGAGAGCCAAUCGUCCAAUGAGUCGGGCUACGGCGGCUCCUCCCCUGUUUUCUCCCGCCAAAACAGCAACAGCACACUGACCUUUAACCAGGAAACGGCCACCGUCAGCUUUUCCACAUCGCAGCCCCCGAGUUAUUCAUCUCCGCACCCUUCGCUGGACUCUGCCUCGUCCCGUAGGAGUCACCACAGAGACGCACCCAAUCCUGACACCGCCAGCCAGACCAACUCCAUAAACUCCUCGCCCCGAAAUCCCUCAAACCGCAAGGAAUUCUCUGACCAAACACACCGAAGUUCUCCCAGUCACAGAGACUCAGAGCCAUCGUACCGGCACUCGGGCAAUCACAGAGACCCGUAUGACACGAGUUACGCAGGCACGAGCAGCCAGAAGGAGAUGUCAGACCUCUCCGAGACAGAGUCUUAUUCUUCACACAGAAGUAAUCGUGUACAGCGGUAUGGACACACAGACAAAACCUACAGUUCGCACCAGUGGAGAAAUGGAGAUAACAGUGGCCAGAAGAGGUCGGCUUACGCCAGAGACGAGUACAUCGAGCCAGAGCCAGAACAAGAGCACGAGAGCGAAUUAGAUGGUCAUCAGAUUUACUACGCUCUCUACUCCUUCGAUGCCCGUUGCGCCAAUGAACUGAGCAUCUCAGCCAAUCAGCGGCUGCGGAUACUGGAGUUCCAGGACAUGAACGGCAACAGUGACUGGUGGCUAGGGGAGGCAGGAGGCCGGCGAGGCUACGUGCCUUCCAACUACAUCCGCAAAUCAGAAUACACAUGAAGAAUGCUUCGUCGCGUGGAUGAUACCUGAGACGGCCUCGAGAAGGCUCACUUUGCGAGCAGACAGAACAAAAAGACAAAGAAGCAUCUGGACAGGCUGUGACUGAUUUUUGAUCUGUUGUCAUGGAGUUUGAUAGUGAGGAGGACUGACUAUUGCUGCUGACUCUGCUCCUAAAAGUUAGCAUUAUAUGCCUAUAUUUAUAGACUUUUUAUAUCAUUUUCACUUACUGGAAACUGCACCCUACUCCCUCGUGUUUCCAGUGGAAAACCUGUGAAUUGCACCAGUUGGUUUUUUUUGUUGUUUUUUUUUUGCCAUAUUCUCUGGGCCUGAAGAGAGAUCCAUGUUUAAGAAGAGAGCAGUCUUAAAGAUUAGCGCAUUGGGAGAUUGCAAUGGAAAUGUGAGAAUUUUGAGUUCAGACUGGUUCUUCUAAACAGACAGACCUACCUAAACACUGUGUUAAUGACUUUUUUCUGCAUGAGGUUUACUACACCACUAGAACGAUGCAUGAAUAUUAGAUGCAUUUACACCAUACUGUUCAGCUAUCGAGGAUUUGAGGCACUUAUGAUGAUUAUCCACUGGUUGCUAGUUUUGUGUGUCUGUGGAGCCAUCAACAAGAAUUUGGAGUGUUUUAUGAAAUUAAUAUGGACAUUUUUAAUUAAUAUCAAGGACAUUUUAAUGGUAUAUUAUAUAUGGUUUACAAGCACUCCCCUUGUCAGAAACCUGAAUCGGUUUUUUAACUGCAAACAGGUGAUGACUCAUUUUACCUUUCAGAGGAGGUUCAUGAACAGGGAGAGAGAGCAAGUGGUCUGAUCUUAACUCUGAUUUCUCCACAUUACUCCGCAUGUACAUUAUAUACAGUGCUGUAUAUUGAGAAUAUGCUAUCGCUCCCACUGCAAAGUGAUCACUGUUUGAAUAAAAAACAGCUCAGCUGACAAA